CCACUCGUACUCGUAGUUAACCUCAUACAUGACCUUCAGCUAAGGUGACCAACAAGUGUUGUUGACACGGUUCAAACCUCUGCAAAUGAUCCCAAUUUUGUUAAUCACACUUACCUCUUUUUUACCGCGAUAUGCUCCUCACACGCAGCUGAUAAUGCCGUUGGUGUACUGAUGUGAUACAGUUUAUUAGCAGUGGCUAGCCGUCAGUGUCGCAUCGGGCCUUGAAACUGAUGAUCGGCACGAUUGUGAUCUCUCGCAUCGGUCACCAUGAACUUUGCGGAACCGUACAAACAGUCGCGGUCGAGGUGUGUUUAGGUGUUUUUUUUUUGUCGUACAUUUUAGAUCUAAGUACACCCCCCCGUUACCGUGUGAUGCUAAUGAACGGUAAUGUCCACACGUCUAAUGGUGUCUUCUGAUCGGUGGAUGGAUGGGUAACGAUACACUGACGAUUAGUACGAUCAGUUCAUGUGCACAAUUCGCACCGUUCGGCAGCAUGUUCGAAUUCCUUAUUCCGCUAAUGUGUCAAUAUGUAUUCCUUCAGGAAUUCUUUGAAUUAAACUGUGACAUACAGCAGCUGCGAGCGGUCGAUCCGAACUAUGGCGUUACGUGGAUGUUUAUGCCGGACGACCAAGGCAACCCGAUCAUUGUUGAUCUUACUGAACCGAAUGAUACGAGCACAUCAACCGGAAGAAGGAACCAAAUUCACGAAGAUGUUGUGUUUUACUACUACCGACAAUCCACGAUCAACACACCAAGCUCGUUUCGUUUCAUCAAUGAUCCAGCUGUACCAUUGGCGCUGAAUGAAACCUACGAUCCAACACUACGCACCAAGUUCGUUAUACACGGAUGGAAGAACUCGAUCACUAGCCCUGUGUCGCAAAACAUCAAGAAUAGCUACCUCCAGCGGGAAGAUCUUAAUGUGAUCGUGGUCGAUUGGGGACCUUUGGCAUCGGACACACUUUACUUCCGGGCCGCUUCAUCGACGCGGGAUGUAGGCAGACACGUCGGUGGAUUGAUCGAUCGGAUGGUGGUGGAGCGCGGUACGAAUCUGAACGAUGUUCACAUCAUUGGUCACAGCCUCGGUGCACAUACGUCCGGUUUCACGGGUCAAUCCAUACGGAGCGGGAAGGUGGCACGCGUAACUGGACUUGAUCCAGCGCUUCCCGGCUUUACCGAUCAACAGCCAGACAAAUUGCUUGAUCCGAGCGAUGCACAGUUUGUCGACGUAAUGCACACGUGUGCCGGCAUGCUUGGGCAUGAUCGCAAUCUCGGCCAUGUUGACUUUUGGCCCAAUGGUGGACGCGUCAAUCAGCCAGGAUGUGGCGGGAUCGAUGAUUUCGUGGGAGCUUGCAGUCACGGACGUUCGUACGAGUUUUAUGCCGAAUCGGUUACACGUCCGACAGCGUUCAAAGCAUAUCCAUGCCGUAGUGCGGACGAGUUUCGUGAAGCCAAGUGUCGCUCUGAUUCGAUUCCGAUGGGUGACGCCACGCCCACCACUGCUCGGGGUAACCAUUUUCUCGAAACGAACGCAAAACCGGAGUAUGGAAAAGGAAUCUAGCCGGAUUCGCCACUUUUCUCGCUCGCAUUUCCCAUGACAUAUGACUCCAAUAUAUCCCAUUCUGUUAGUGCUUAAUCGAAGACUGAACUCCUCCACUUCGUUGUUGCUCCCCUUUGCUUGGUCGGUUGGUUGGUUUGUGUACUGUUAAAUUUGUUUUACAUUAUAAUUUUAUUAAAUAAACUUUACUUUUUCAAAACAA